GAUAGGCCAAUUUUGACCCGCUGAAAACUUAAAAAAGAAAAGGCAUUCAAGAAUAUUGUGCUGCUUCUUGAUCCUUUACUCUGUUUUUCUCUUCCACAAAUCACUAUAAUUACUGCUCAAUUUAGUUCUCUCAGACUUGCAGAUCUUCGUGGCCACCUUUGGUUUCUCCUCGCAGCAUCCAUUCUUCUAAUUAGCAAUUCAAGGUGAAAGAAUGGCUGAUCAAUCCCCAAAACUGACGAGAAUUGGCCUUGCUGGCCUUGCUGUCAUGGGACAAAAUCUAGCCCUCAAUAUUGCUGAAAAAGGCUUUCCCAUUUCUGUUUACAAUCGGACUACGUCUAAAGUUGAUGAGACUGUUGAAAGAGCAAAAGUGGAAGGAAAUCUUCCCGUGUUUGGCUUCCAUGAUCCUGAAUCAUUUGUUCAGUCCAUUCAGAAACCUCGUGUAAUCGUCAUGCUUGUCAAGGCUGGUGCUCCUGUUGAUCAGACCAUCAAAACACUCUCAGCUUACAUGGAGAAAGGUGAUUGUAUCAUUGAUGGUGGAAAUGAGUGGUACGAAAACACUGAGAGAAGGGAGAAAGCUAUGGCUGAAUUAGGUCUUUUGUACCUUGGCAUGGGGGUUUCUGGCGGUGAAGAGGGUGCUCGAAAUGGCCCGUCUCUGAUGCCCGGAGGGUCCUUUGAGGCCUACAAAUAUAUAGAAGACAUCCUUCUCAAAGUAGCAGCCCAAGUUCCUGACAGUGGUCCCUGUGUGACCUACAUAGGAAAAGGCGGUUCCGGAAACUUUGUUAAGAUGAUUCAUAAUGGAAUCGAGUAUGGUGACAUGCAGCUGAUUGCUGAGGCAUAUGAUGUUCUGAAAUCCGUUGGGAAACUGUCAAAUGAGGAACUGAAGAAAGUUUUCUCAGAAUGGAACAAAGGGGAACUUCUAAGCUUCUUGAUUGAAAUCACUGCAGAUAUUUUCGGAAUUAAGGAUGACAAGGGAGACGGCUAUCUAGUCGACAAGGUUUUGGACAAAACCGGGAUGAAGGGUACUGGUAAAUGGACUGUCCAGCAAGCUGCUGAACUGUCAGUUGCUGCUCCAACUAUCGAAGCUUCUCUUGAUUCAAGAUUCUUGAGUGGUUUGAAGGAGGAGAGAACUGAAGCAGCCAAAGUCUUUAAAUCUGGCGGUUUUGGUGAUAUUCUAACCGAUCAGGUUGUUGACAAGGAAAAAUUGAUCGAUGACGUCAGGCAGGCUUUGUAUGCAUCUAAAAUAUGCAGUUAUGCUCAAGGAAUGAAUCUGAUCCGCGCCAAGAGCAUUGAGAAAGGAUGGGACUUGAAAUUGGGGGAGCUGGCCAGGAUAUGGAAAGGAGGCUGUAUUAUUCGUGCAAUCUUCCUAGACCGAAUCAAGAAGGCAUACGACAGAAACUCGGAACUUGCCAACCUACUAGUCGACCCUGAGUUUGCAAAAGAAAUCAUCGACAGGCAGUCUGCUUGGAGACGAGUCGUUUGUCUUGCAAUCAACUCAGGCAUCAGCACCCCUGGUAUGUCUGCUAGUCUUGCUUACUUUGAUACUUACAGAAGGGAGAGAUUGCCAGCUAAUCUUGUCCAAGCUCAACGAGACUACUUUGGCGCACAUACAUACGAACGGAUCGACAUGCCAGGAUCCUUCCACACUGAGUGGUUUAAAAUUGCUAAAAACAUAAAUAAUUAAACUCAUAAAUGCUAUUUUCAUUAAUAAAGCACAGCUUCAUUCUUGAAAUCGUCACUUGAUGCCUGAUUUCACAACAUUGCUACUGUCCGAACGAGCACCAGAAGGAGAAGGAGCUUUCUUUCUUAUCAAUAAAAUUUUUGGGGCACCUUUGUUCUUCUUGUUGUACUUCCUGUAGCAGUUUUGGUAUUUCAUUUUCACUUGCGGUUAGUCUUGCUCAAGGUACAAUCUGUGUGUAACUUCGAUGGAUUUGAUAUUUAUUUUCGUUUUCCACCUUCUUUACUAA